AUGGUCGAAUCAAUCCAAAGUCCUGCGGAAGGUCAUCAGCCGCCCCACCGCUAUGUUGAGAACGAAGGCUACGUAGACUUGCAGAGUCAGGUCGACCGCACUUCCAAAGAUCACAUCAUACCAGGAAGCGCCCAUGAUGACGAUGUGGAGGAAGACUACGAGGAAGAGGACUAUGAGGAACUCUUCGCAGACCCACAAGAAGAUCUCUUAGACACCGAUCUCAACUCCUCAAACCCCGCCGACUACACCAAGGCCUACAACCGACAAAGAAAGCUCAACGACAACAGCACACCCGACGUACAGCGGCCGAGAACAAAUCCUCAGCUAAACACACGCGCCGCCAUUGACGACCAUAUCAAGAGCCUGUCUGCCCACACUGCAAAACUAAAAUUGAGCGACCUCGAAGCUGGGCUCGGGGGUGGGAAGAGCCACGGUGCAGAAAAGUCGGAUCGUGCGACAAGUGAGCAGGUGCUUGAUCCGAGGACACGAAUGAUCUUACUACAAUUGUUGAACCGAAACAUCGUUUCGGAAAUCAAUGGUGUUAUCUCCACAGGCAAAGAGGCGAACGUGUACCAUGCAGUGACAAUCCCGACGGCCAGUGGGGAUGGAGAACCAAAGCCCGGUUUGAACCGGGCAAUCAAAGUCUACAAAACAAGUAUCCUGGUGUUCAAAGAUCGAGACAAGUAUGUCACUGGAGAAUAUCGCUUCCGCUCGGGCUACAACAAGAGCAGCAAUCGCGCUUUGGUCAAGGUCUGGGCAGAGAAGGAAUUUCGCAAUCUUCGGCGGUUGAAAUCUGCAGGCAUCCCAUGUCCGGAUGCAAUCUGCUUGAAGUCACACGUACUGGUUAUGGCGUUCCUAGGAAGCAAAAAGGGAAACGCAUCACCUCGACUACGCGACGUCGAAUUCCUGACGGAUGCUGAGACACGCUGGAAGGAAACAUACGUCACCCUCUUGAGCUACAUGCGCCGGCUUUAUCAGAUCUGCAAGCUCGUCCACGCUGAUUUGUCAGAGUACAAUCUGCUAUGGCAUGAGAAGGAAGAGCGUUUGUACAUGAUUGAUGUCAGUCAGAGUGUAGAGCACGAUCACCCGCGGUCGUUGGAGUUCCUUCGAAUGGAUAUCAAGAACGUUUCGGACUUCUUCAGGCGUAAGGGCGUAGAUGUCCUGUCGGAACGGAAACUAUUCAACUUCAUCACUGCCAACACUGGAAGCGUCGAAUUCUCGGACAUGGAAAAUGCCGUGCAAAAGCUGCUUGCUGCCAAGGCUGAUGGCCCAGAUGAAGACGAAGAAGAUGAGCAGGACGAAGUCUGGAGGCAGCAAUACAUUCCCCAGAAUUUGCGCGAGGUAUACGACAUUGAGCGUGAUGGCGAAAAGAUCAGAGAUGGCGAUGCUCAAGAUCUGGUUUACCAAGACCUCCUCGCGCACAAGAAAGACGCCAGCGCAGACGAUGGAAUCGAAUCGACCGCUGCAAACGGCGAAGAUGAGCGCGCAGAAGAAGGUUCGGAGGACGACGACGACGACUCCGAUGAGUCGGGCGAGGGAGAAGACGACCCCUUCGCGCCAAAGCAGCCUCGAGGCAAGAAGCACGAGGACAAGGAUGCGAAGCGGGAUCAUAAGAAGGCGGUGAAGGAAGAGAAGCGGGAGAAGCGUAAGGAGAAAAUCCCCAAACAUCUCAAGAAGAAAUUGGUGGGUCAGAGCUCUAGAGGCAAGAAGUAG